UUGAGGUAUGGAUCAAGCAUUCAUGCGUUUGGGUGUACAUACUUUUGGACUUCUAGAAUUAUAUUUUUAACAAGAAUGAAUAGUUCAAAGUUAGAAGAAGUUUUAUGGUCACCGGUUCAUUAUAAUAAAUUUAUUGCUUGGGGAACUGAAAUACACCUUUACGAAGUUAAUGAAUUUAAAGACAGUAAUAAACAUUCAGGUAUUAAAAUAUCAGAUACAACAGGAGCUCAUUUACUGGCAACAAAUUCAAAUCAUCAUUAUGUCAAAUGUGUUGAUAUUUAUCCACAAUCAGAACCGGAUAUUUUAUUAGCUGUAGGUCUAGCAAAUGGAAAAGUUGUUCUUACAACAUUUGGUCCGACUGCAUAUGAUUCUCUGAAUUUAACAGGAAAAGAACUUGCACCCAAACAUCCACGACAAUGCAAUGCACUUGCUUGGAAUCCUGUAGAUCCAAAUUUAAUUGUUGUUGGUCUCGAGAAAUAUCGAACAGAUCAUUCUAUUCUUCUUUGGGAUGUUUUAAAGACUUCAUCAAUAACAGAUAGGACUCAUCACCAUGUUGUAAAUCAGACUGAUUCUUUGAGACCUUUAUCUGAAGCUGGAGUAUCUGAAACAACUUAUUCAAUAGCUUGGUUUAAUAAUGAAACACGAUGUUUAGUAGCAGGUGUUAACAAUAAACAAUUAAAAAUCAUAGACUUUAGAGAUUCAGCAAAAGUUGUAAAUACUACAGCGACAAAAGCUGUUUACAGUGUGGCUGUAAAUCCGCAUAAUGUUUGUCACUUAGUAUCACAUGUUGACAACCAAAUAACUAUAUGGGAUACAAGAUACUUUGAAAAGCCAAUGCUUACUUUACCUCAAAGUCGUCCAGUUACCAAAGUAUUGUGGUGUCCAACAAGACAUAAUCUCUUAGGUUCAUUACAAAAAGACUUAGCAGUUUUAUAUCUUCAUGAUAUUCAACACUGUGGAUCAGGAAGUGGUGAAGAUACAGAACCUGGAGCUUUAGAAAGAAUGGUAACACCUUGGUCAAGUCCUGAAACCAGUCGAUCAAGUUUAACAAGUUUUUCAUGGCAUCCAACACAUGUUAAUCGAUUACUUACAAUAUCUCCCCAAGGUUGUUUAACUGAUUAUACGGUUUAUGAAAGAAUCACUAUCAAUUGGUCUACAAAAUCUCAUUUAGUUUGGAAUCAUGCAUCGAAAGCAUUUAAAUAUGUCUCGGAUAGUGAUAAUAUUUAUAAAACUUUUGAUGAUAUUGCUGUUCUUACAAAAAAGAGAGCUGCACUGCAGUACGGACUUCUUUCUGAUUUAUCUCAAAAUGGAGAAGUAGCAGAAGAUGAGACUUUAAAAAAUUUAUGGCAAUGGUUAUGCUUAAGUAGAUCACUAGUUGAAGAUGGAAUAAUACCUUCAAUACACAAUUAUCAUCCAGGAGUAAGAACUGUUCUGAGAUUAGAUGGACAGAAUGGUGGAAAUGGACUCUUCAUGAAAUCAGAGUUGAUUCACAAACCUUGGAGUGAUAUUGGCUCAAAUCAUACAGCCAAAAUUUACCGAUCAACUGAUCGAGAUAAAGCUCUUCAAUUGUGCGGUUGGAGAUUCGACAAAGAAUCUAAUGCUUUGUACAAUAAUUUAUUCCUUGAAAGACUAGAAAGAGAAGGUCAGUAUGCUCGAGCAACUGCAAUUUCUGUAUUUAAUCUUUGUUUACGACAGGCAAUUGAAAUAUUAAAUAGAGGAGCAAGCAGGAUGGCUAUGGCAACUAAUUUAAAUAUUGUAGCAAUGGCUUUGUCAGGAUUUUCUGAAGAUAGAAAUAGUAUGUGGCGUGAAUUAUGUCUUAAAUCUAGAUCUCAAUUAUCUGAUCCUUAUCUCAGAGCAACAUUUGCCUUUUUGACUGCUGAUAACGAUUCGUACGAAAAUGUACUUAAUGAAAGUGGUGUAGCUGUAGAAGAUAGAGUAGCUUUUGCUCUAAUGUUUCUGUCUGAUAGUAAGUUAUGUGAGUACUUGAAAAAAUUAACUCAAAAGUUGAGUGAAGAAGGUAAUCUUGCUGGAUUUUUACUCACUGGAGCUACUACUGAUGGAAUCCAAUUAUUAAAUCGAUAUUUAGAAAUAACUGGAGAUGUUCAAAGUUGUAGCCUUAUUGCUAUUAAAGCUCUACCUCCAAAACUUCAACAGGAUAAUCAAGUACAAGUAUGGAUUGAUAGUUAUAGAGGAUUAUUAGAUGCCUGGAAAAUGUGGAAUCAAAGAGCUCAUUUUGAUAUUGCAAUGAGAUCAUCAACAAGUGAAAAACCGGCACAACAAGUUUACAUCUCUUGUAAUUUUUGCGGAAAAAGUAUUUCAGCAUAUAUGCAAAGUCUUAGCAGAACUCGUGGUCCAUUUGGAAGAUUAGGAAAUACUUCAAAUCAAUUAAAAAUAUCAUCUUGUCCUUAUUGCCGUAAACCAUUACCUCGUUGUGCUAUAUGUCUAAUGCAUAUGGGAACUGCAAGUGGUUUGAAAGCUUUAAAUGGUACAUCUAAUCGUACUGAUGAUGACAAUAAACUUACAGAAUUUGGCAAUUGGUUUACUUGGUGUCAAACAUGCAGGCAUGGUGGCCAUACUGAUCAUAUAACUCAUUGGUUCCGACAACAUACUGAAUGUCCAGUUACAUCAUGUAACUGUCGAUGCUUUUCUCUUGAUGCAUCUUAUUCAAUUGGUAUUAAUGCAAUGUAAAGAGUUUAUGAAAAGUGUAUUAUAAACUGUAAAUAGCUGAAUUUUUAUUAUUUUUAUGUAAUUAUUGUUUUGAUAAAUAUAGACUGCAUUUUUUUUUU